UGGAAACUGAGACGCAGUAACGCCAUCUUGGCUCCAAACACAACGCAAAGUUACUUUUCUGCUGAUUUCAAAACCUUUUCCUAGUUCAGAGAUGAUUAAAUAUCGUUUAUUCUAUAACUUUAUUUAUGCAUGACAGCUACAUCUCUCCCAGAGGAGCGUUUUUAACAUUACAAAUAGAGUCGCGGUUGUGUUUCCAUGGAAACAGUAUCAACAUGGAGUUCAUGGGUAGCAGUUAUGAUGGAGAUUACAAAAAUGGCAGGAUGGAGGGGAUGGGUGACUACACAAUUCCCACUCGCACUAGAUAUGUCGGAGAGAUGAAAGACGGCAUGUUCCAUGGAAAAGGAGUGCUGCAUUUCCCCAAUGGAUGCAAAUAUGAGGGAACUUGGGAGAAAGGAAUAUCCAAACAGGGAAAGUACACAUUUUCUGAUGGCCUGGAGUAUAAAGAGACUGACUGGGAUUACUGUGAUGGCAAAGACAGGCAGUUCUACUCUGAGAGGUGUAAUGGCCUCAAACCAGCAGGAGAAUCCCAGUUAACUGAUCGAGACCCCCCGCGGCUCAUCCCUGAUGGUUGCUAUGACAGUGGCGAUGGCUUUUAUGAUCCCAACACCAGAGUCAUCAAAGACUAUGAUGGCAAUUUUCUCAGGAACGCAGACGACGAAGAACACGAGUGGAUUGUGCGGACAUGCAGGAAGAGCUGGGAUGAGUUCAUUGGCCGCUAUCCAAGAAGAAGCACACUAGAGAAGUGAGAAUACUCACACACAGCUCAUUGUAUAUGGAUGUCAUCUGAACAUUAAUGCAGCUUUGUGACAUAAAUUCGUUUUGGGGGGUUUUCAAUCCUGUUAUCCUUUCCAAAAAUAAUAGCCAAUUUAAUUUUUAAACUGAGUUAAUAUAUAUAUAUAUAUAUAUAUAUAUAUAUAUAUAUAUAUAUAUUCCAUUUAAAAUAUAGCCUAUUAAAAAUAGUGACUAUCACUACACUAACAACUGUUAAAUUGUAACCCACAUAAAUCAGACUUGUAUGUAUUAUGGAUUAAUGAAUGCUUAAUGAAAAACUACAAAUAAAACAUAAGUGUGGAUUAAGUGAUAUAAGCAUAUCUACUGUAUAUUAUCAAAUCAACUAUUUCUAUAUUGAGCAACUUUAUAAAAAAAAAAAAAAAAAAAAAAGAUUUACAUUUUUUACACAAUUAGCAUUAUUGUUCAAAGUGUUCUGUACUUCAUUUUGUUGUUGUUGUUGUUAUUAUUAUUAUUAUCAGCAUAGGAAGUAAAAGUGUCCAACCAGAAAAAUAUAUCUGAACAGCUACAUAACAAACCACAAAAGAAUCAAAUCAGAAGAAUAUCGUUAAAUUAGUUUAGGUUUAGGUUUUAAGGUCAUUGCAUACAGUUUAUUUUAAAGACAAAAUCAUGUUUUCCAAGAUAAUAGUGGGGAAAACAUGAAACUCAAGUAAGAAAUGUUACAUCAUUGCUGUAUUCUGCCCAAGUAAAUGAUCGGUACUAUACACUAACAUUCAACAGCUGAAUACAGCUCAGUCUUCUGUUGACGUAAAUGAGUCAGAUUCUUGAUCAGCUUGAAAGAAAUGAGAUGCAAAGUUUUCUGCACUUAAAAAAGUGUGUGCUUGUGUGCAGAGAGGAUAGGUUAGUCAAAGAUUACGUCUCAGUGUGUCUUUUGAAAGAACACGGGAUACGAGAUCAAUCCUGUGAUGUGGCCUGACAGGGAAUUCCUGUAUGUGAUGCUGAUGGAAUCAGUGAUGGAGUCAUUACUGCACACACUGACCCGUGAAGGGUCUGCCAGCUCCUCCAUCAGCCUGUGAUUGCUUCCUGCUACACUCCUGCACACAGGCCCAUGCAUUUAUACCACAGUCAGAAAUUAACCAGGGCUCAGGGCAAAAAAAAAACACUAAAAGUGACCAAAACCAUCCAGAUAUAUUCCAGAUAUAUAUAUUUUUUAAAUCAUCUGUUAUCUGUCAUUUUCAUACAUGUCAUAAUAUCAGUAGCAGUCAGAUGUAAAAAAAAUAGUGUUCCCGCUCUUUUAUGACAAAAUACUGUGCUGGUAUCAGAUGGUAAUACCAUGGUACGAAUGAUUGUUGUCCUGAACUAUAUACUUCAAGAAAUACCAAAGCUAGCACAAGUAAAAAACAAAGUUUUUAUCAAUCAAGAAAAUGUGGUAUUGUAUUUUAAUAUAACAGAUGUUCUGACUGAAAAUGUAAAUUAAUUCGUUAAAUUAAAGUAUUUGCC